AUGUUAGUGGAAUGUAAGUCUUCAGCGGAGGAAGGAUGCACCAAUGAUUCCGAGAAUACUGACAGUGAAACUUCAGACUCAGAAAGGUUAGAUACACAAAAAGAAAAUUUGGACAGUACAUAUGUGAAGGGUACUACUUUAGUGAGUACUGCUUCAGAUGAAGAUUUUUCUAAUGCUACUUCAGAUCCAGAUAUUACUCUGGAGGUGCCAGGAACUUCAGACACUCAAUCAAAACGAGUUAGAAGGAAACCUGACAGAUUUGGUAGGGAGUUUUUGGUGCCUACAGAGGACGCAAAAAGGGAGUGGCUCACUAUAACAACGAAGAAUGGUCUCAAAUACGAAGACUUUAGUCAAGACGACAAGAACAACUGGUAUGGGACAAUGGGGCCAUAUUUAGACAUGUUUUCGGCAUACUCGCUUCGGUCCAAUGAACUAAGAUUGGGCCACAAUAAUAUGCCUAUAACCAAGUCCAAUGGGGUGCACAAAAGUUUACCUGUCUCUAAAUACGGGUUGUCUGGUGCCCACCACGUACUGCUUGAAGGGACUUCUUUCCCACCUGAGCGGAGAUCCUCUAUUGUGCAAAGUUUAGGACCUAUGACCGCUUGGUUAGGGAUGAUAAGAAGCGAGGGUAUUUAUAGAAAAAAGUACGCUUCUGCUGUUAAGAGAGCUAUGUCCCAUGUCGACGAGAUAAUCGAAAUCACUAACACCACUAGACAGGCAUCAGAGAUAGCAAACCUAACCACUUUAUUGGCUGAGAUAAAACAUUCUAGUUGCCUUUCUCGCGGUAGUUGGUGA